AUGACUAGCACUUCUAAUAAUAUCAAGGUCUCUGUCAGAGUUAGACCAUUACUUAAAAGAGAACUUCCAACUGAAAAUGAAUUCCCUCAAUCGUUGAUUUCCAUGCCGGAAGCAGAACCACAUAAGGUUAUAUUGACAAAUCCCAAGGGAAAAUCAAGUGGCAAUGAUAAUAAUCGUAGUUACUUGUUUGAUGAAUGUAUAUGGUCAUUCGAUCCCAAAGACUUACACUAUACUGAUAAUUUGAAAUAUUAUGAGAAAACAGGACCUCAAUUGUUGUCCCAUUUCUUUGAAGGAUAUAAUGUUUGUCUUUUGGCUUAUGGACAGACCAGUUCAGGUAAGACUUAUACAAUGAUGGGUGAUCGAGAGCAACCAGGAAUAAUCCCAUUAUUACUUCACGAUAUUUUGAAACAAAUGGAUAUUUCUAUCAAACAGAAAAUCAACUGUGAGUUGAAACUUCUGUAUGUUGAAAUUUAUAACGAACAGGUCAAAGACCUUUUAGAAAAAGGGUCCCUGAAUAAAAAAUGCCGAGUUCGUGAACAUCCAGUUACUGGACCUUAUGUUGAAAAUGUCAAAGAUUAUUCUAUUGAGAGCUAUGAACAUUUCUUGAAACUAUUGACUUUUGGUAAUUCCAAUCGUUCUACUGCAUCCACGUCUAUGAAUGAUAAAAGUUCAAGAAGCCAUGCUAUUCUUACGUUAACUUUAAAGCAAACCAAAUUUGAGAAUUCAACUCCUGGUGAUUCAGAUGAAGUAAAUAGUAUUGGAGAAGCUAGUGAGGAGAUGAUUUCUAACAUAAAGCUUGUCGAUCUUGCAGGUUCUGAAAGGUUACAAAAAACAAAAUUGUAUGGACAACAAGAAAGAAUUAAAGAAGGAACCUUGAUUAACAAAUCCCUAACAGUACUUGGUAGAUGUAUCAAUACGUUGGCUUCUAAUCCCACGGCUUUGAUCCCAUAUAGAGAGUCUACAUUGACGUAUCUUUUGAAAGAAAAUCUUGCAGGUAAUUCUAAGACGUGUAUGAUAUUUUGUGUAUCGCCACUUGAUUAUGAUGAGUCUCACCAAACCUUGAAUUAUGCCAAUGAAGUUAAGAAAAUUAAGACAUUAGCAAAAGCAAACAAAACAAAGUUAUCCAAUGUCCCAGUCAACUGGCAACAAUUGCAACAAACUGAUCAGUCGGUUAUUGACUCUCUUAAAGACGAGAUUGAGACAUUGACCAAUAAACUUAAACAAAUGGAGACAGUAUCACUGGUUGAGAAUCAGAAACCUAUUGACAAUAUAAUUGAAUAUUUGGAGAAAGAAAGCAACAAAGUCAAGUUUGAGAAUAAGUAUUUGAAACAAAUGAUGAAUAUGAAGAAUAGCCAUAUCAAAGAAUUGAACAAUCAUAUUGAUUUCAUAACUAAUGAAUAUCAAUUAUUGUUUAGAGAAUAUAAAGAACUCCAGCGUGCAAGUUUGCAAAAACAGAAAACAAGAUUAUUACGAAGUUUUGAAAAUGCCAGAGAAGAAAUGGACUUAGAAUUAAGGAUAUUUGAUCCAGAGAAUUUAGAAUGUAUAGCAUAG